GUCUACGGUCGGUCCCGCGUAGCGUACACGGUCCGCCGGAAAGACUCGAGUCUAGCCGAAUUUCCUCGCCGUGAUAUUAGCCAACAACAAAAAAUUCGUGGUGGUCGCGCAAAAAGUUUUUGGCGCUACGUAUAUCAACUUUUCGCGUUCUCCCUCGCGGCAGGGUUGCUGGUGUCGUCAGCCACGUCGUCGCCUCGUCCAGGAUUCGCCGGCCCGUCGACGGCGCGAAACUGCACAAUCACGCAAGAGUUAUAGGGCGAUUCCAGCAUUCACAAUGGCGGGAGAGCAACAGCAGUUUUUUCUCAAGUGGAAUGACUUCCAGUCGAACAUGGUGUCGUCGUUCAAACACCUGCGAGAUGAGAAAAGCUUCACGGAUGUGACACUGGCUUGCGACGGUCAGACUUGCAAAGCGCAUAAAAUGGUCUUGUCCGCCUGUAGUCCUUACUUCAAAUCCUUAUUAGAGGAAAAUCCGUCCAAACAUCCAAUUAUAAUUCUAAAGGACGUUGCGUACAGCCAUCUACAAGCCAUCCUAGAAUUCAUGUACGCGGGCGAGGUGAACGUUUCGCAAGAUCAGCUGCCAGCGUUUCUCAAAACAGCAGACCGGCUUAAAGUUAAAGGACUAGCUGAAGCUCCCGGUGCCAUUAAGAGAGAAGGUUAAAGACACGCACGUAAAUACGGUAUUUGAAAAGUGUUUGGACUGAAAAAACAGUGUAAUAAUGUAAAGUGAUUGAGCAAAACACAUACACACACACACAUACACACGACACAUCAUGGACACACGACACUACCUACAUUAUAAAUAUAUAGAGACAUAUGUAAAAAAAAAAGAUUAAAACACUGCGUGUACACUCAGUGUCCUUCGGUUCAUGACUUGGAUCAACACGCGGUGACGAUGUAAAAUAAUGCCUUUUUCUUAUUCUCAGUUAAUGUUAACGGUUGUAUUGAUAGUAUGUACACAUACAUGCAAGUAGAGAAAAGAUGUUGAUGUUUGUCUUGAACCCAUUACGCCACAUUGUGGCAACAAUAACAACAUUGAUUAUUUUUUUAAAACGAAUCCUCGCGAAUAAGUGGGUCGCGAUAGAUACAAUACAUGCUGACUGGGGCAAGUCUUGGUGGAUCAAGUUGGAGAUGUUGACAACACCUGUUACAACGCUCGUUUUUUCAAGCCGAUCUGCCCGACUCAUAACACUCCCCCUAUCGAUUCUAUUUGGUAGAUCUAUUCACGAAGUGGCGUUAUCUCUCGUUUACUUUUGUUGUGCAUCAGCCAUCUGUCGAAAUAUAAAAAUCUCGUGUAAUCAUGGAAAUCUAUAUUGGUCUUAUUGUACGUUUUCACAAAUUGCCAUGGGGAUAUGAUUCUGGAGAUUUCUCUUUAGGAAAUCGAUCUCAUAGGGCAUUAAUGAUAUUUGUGUCGUGCUAAAUCAUGUCCAAGAUGCUAAUCGAAUAGCACUGAUCUUCAAAUUGAAUUUAUUUUCUGCCUUGGAAACGAAAUCGACCAAUCUUUAUCAAUUUGGAGUCAUUAAAGGCGAGUAUGUUGUUGAAAAAUUUUGUCUUAGUUCUAGUUUCGAUGAUACAGACGGUAGAAAUCCCCCGAAACUGCUUCUUUGGUCGACUUUAACUGUACAUUGAAAUACGAUAAAUGAUUCGAAAAUGUCUCACAAAGAGGAGCUUUUAUCUUCUAUUCCAAUUUUUACAAAUAACUUAACUUUAUUUGCAGGAAUUUGUGUUUAAACUUGUUCGCUUAAUAAAGUUAAAAUUAUCUCAGGAAUGCAAAUGUAUUUGCAAAAAUUGAAAUUUUUUUUUAUAAAGUAGAUGCUUUCCUUGAGACGUUUCUAAUCAUUUAUCAUGUUUCAUUACAGUCGACCAAAAAAGCGGCGUUUCAACCCUUUAUAUCAUCAAAGAUGAUGUGCUAGAACUAAUAAACAGUUAUUAACAUAUUCGGAUUCAACGACCCCAAAUUAAUAAAGAUCGGCUGAUUUUGUUUCCGAGGCAGUUUUAUUGUUGAACGUAAUUAACGAAUGUAUUUUGUUGCCUCUCAAUCGGAAAGCUCUGCUCCUAUCGUGGAUAGAUUUGCGAAAAACCCCCGACAAAUCAUCUAAAGAAUGACAAAUCAAGUUUACUGGAAGUAGUAACGUGCGCGUUCAUACAUAUAUCAUUCUCUUUUGUCAAUUUUGCGGUAUAUUGAAAUACUGCUCUUUUGCAUUCACGCGAGAUGUAAAAGAAGAACAGAAAGAAAGGAAAUACGAGAUACGAAAGGAAUUGUAAUACCAUAAUCAAUCCCGUACAAGUUACCUCUUCUAGUGAUCAUGAUUUUUACUUAACCAAAUACUGCCAGUAUUUGUACCGGCGUAUUCACAAUAUUACCGAUAUAGACCAAAUUUAUUUAUGAUAAUAAUAUAUUAAGGAAUGUCUUAAAUUGAGGGAAGGUUAUUGUAAUAUAAGCGAAGUAAAUUUUUGUAAAGUCGCAGCGCACAGUUCCUUCUCCCUCCCGAACAAUCAGGACGCACGGAAAAGUCUAAGAAAGAAGUCAGGAAACAUUAUCGAGUCAGGGACACCAAAAUCAAUUUGUUCUAUGCCUUUCCACUUCUUUAAUCAAGUAUUUUAGUAUUGUUCAGAUUUCCCCGUUUCGUCACUUUUAAAUUUUACUUCACGACAACUCAGUACGGGGUUUCGUUCAUUACGUUUGUCGCUCGAUACGUCCACGCUCGUAAUUCCUGACUUUGCUGUAUCUUGUAACUGUAUAUUGAAAACUUCUCCAGUGUUUCGUGAGUUUUCCUUGCGAGUUAAUUGUCCUUGUGUCUAAUGUGAAACUUAUUCCAAUUUUCAUUGGGAUUAUAUACCGAAUUAGCACGAGUGAAUUUUUAACGGACACUGAAUGCCGAUUUAGGAUCGUGUCGACACUACGAUCGCGUAUCGAUCAAUCAUAUACCGCAGAAUGUUACGAAUCAUAGCGCACCGUUUCCCGCCGAUCUUGCUUCGGAUGUUUCUGUGAAUUGUACGCGAGACCACCCUGGUCGGACCGAUGGUUGUAAGAAUGGUCCACCAAAAAGAACCCGUCGUUCGUAAGAGUGCUUUCAACUAUUCCGCACGAUUAAGUCCAGAUCGUGUUAUGGAACUUGACUUUGUAUCAAAGUAAAUGACUUCCAUACAAGUGUCGACGAUGCCUAAUAAGUUCUGAUAAUUAACGGGACCAUUCUCGUGCAAGCGGCGUUAAAGCGAAAUUUACGACGUAACAAUAGUUUGCACACACCUGGCAUCUAUUCAGGAUGAGAGUUCAAUUAUUCGAGCUUCUUUUAGACAUCGGAAGGCUUCGUCAUCCUUCGCAGUCAUCCGAAAGCAAUUUCGCGUAAUAGAUACCCGACGUUCAAUCUCAGUAUUUAAAGCAGCGUUAAAAAGCGUCGAAAUGGAUGGGUUCAGUUCCUACAAUGAUAUGUUUGCCGGGCAUUUGGUGGCUGAAUGUGAAUAAUAGUAUCAUGUACAUUUGCUAUGCUGUAAAUUUGGAAUACAGUUAUUGUAGAAUAGAAAAA